CGUCAGGUCACGCAGCAAAAAUGAGUCUCAAAAACGGGACGAAAAUGUCUCAACGUGAAAAAUUCGAGUUAAUCAACUCAGAAGUGCGUUCUUUUUACGAAUAUUGUAAAGAAGCUGGUAUGACGGAUGAAGAGAUGGAUAUAAUUUGUCGACCGCUGACGAAUGCUGUGAGAAAGGCUUCCAUCAAGAGGUGGACGAGGGUAGUGCUGUUCGUAAUCAUGGUUGCAGCCGUGGGGUACACCGUUGUUCAGACGGAUACAUUUCAAUGGCAUGCAUCAGCAGUUGCGAGGGUGAUGUUGAUAAAAAUGCUUCCUAUUUGGGAUUGGACUCCGUUAUACUAUAACAAAUGUUUGAUUCAGAGGUCGGAGCCACAAAAUUUAGAUAAUAAUGUGAUAUCUACGACGGAUUGUAUUGCUUGCGAAGCUAUAAAUACCGUCGCGCGCGUAUCAGACGUGAGUUACAACGAAGUCUUCAACCAUCACCUCUUACGCGGAGCACCGGUCAUCGUCAUAGACGCAUACUCCGACUGGUCGAUAUCCAGAAGCGAUCUCAACCUGACGAACCUCAUCAGCCAGGACGACAGGCUCCGUGGUUCAGUGCCCUGCAGGAUUCUAACCAACAUCCGGCUGGGUCGCCAACCCAUGGACCUAGAGGAAAUAGUCUCCAGAAUCACAAAUACAGAUAUUCCCAGUUGGUUCGUACACUUCCAAAACUGCGAUAUCAGAGCUGUAAAGUCCUUCAGGGUCCUGGCGCCGAGACCGUACUUCCUAUCCCCACAUAUACCACCAUCGCAUUUCAAUUGGUUACUGAUGUCCAAAAAUUAUGACACUCAUAGAUAUAAAUAUUUAGAGCUGGAUGUAGGGUUGAUAAUCAUGUCGCAGUUGAAAGGGAAGACGUACAUAAGAUUAAAGCCACGAUCACCAUGCGAGGACGAAUGUUACACGCUUAACUUGGAGCUGAUCGAAGGCGAGACUUUGGUUUUGGGGAAUUCGAUGUGGGAAUUGGAGUAUUUGCCCAGCAAAGGGGAGAAUGUGGCCAUGAUAACCGAGACGGAUUGGGUGGAGCCAUAACGUGGUCCUGUAUUUAAACUUAAUGUAGUCGGUGUAUUCAUUUUCGUGGUCGUAUUCGUGUUAUUCACAGCCUUGGAUCUUCAUUUUUUUCGAGGUGGGGCCAACU